UUUUUUGGAAAGAAACAUGAGAGUUUCUCAUUUAUCGCUGUUCAUUCUUUUAAUGUUAACGGGGAAAGUUUUGUCGGCAAAUCCAUGUGACAGCUUAACAGCUGGAACAGGAACUAUUGCAGAUCCUGACGAUUGUUCCAAAUAUUACACUUGCAUUGCUUUUCUUUCCUUUUCUUCAACUUGUCGAUCUUAUCAAGUGUUUGAUAGUGUUAAGAAGACUUGUGUUGCUGGAAAUCAAAACACUUGUCUGAUUUAUGACACAGAAGCAUCAUCGACUGACUCGACUUAUUCACCUUCAACCGAAGCUACGGAAAGUGAGAGUUCUAAAGUUGAAGCAACAAGCACUGCAGAAGUUACAACAGAAGCAUCAACAACAUCUGAGACAACAGAAAAGUCAACUAUUGAUUCAUUUUAUUCCGAAUCAGGUGAAAUGUCAACAACUGAAGCUGAAGUAGAUCUUGACUCAAUUUGCCAUGGAACAUUCUUCGGUGCCCGACCUUAUCCAGGAUCCCGAAAACUCUUCAUUGGCUGCAUAUAUCAAAAGGGGAGAGUUUUAACUUGUCGUAGUGAUGAUUUCUUCCAUCCAAUACUCCUGGAAUGUUUGACCAACUUCACAGAACUUGAGAUAAAUUUGCGUCGUAUAAAACUUCAUCGCAAUAAAAUAUUUUAAGAAAAUUUUUGUCCGUGCAGACACAAGUCAUGUCUAACCAAAGCUCUUUUGUAAUAUUGAAGUUCUUUUAAAGCUUCUUCCUUUCAAAAUGUUUGCUCACAUAACGAUUCCAUUCAUUCAAUAUUUAAGAUUAACAAUCGAAGACAUCGUCGUCCCCACAAGAAACACGAAUGAACACAAAAUGAAAAAAAAAAAGUUUAAAAAGCCGAAAUCAAUUGUUGAAGUCAUUUGAAUAAAAUUUCCAUCAAUUAGAAAAUAUCUGGCUCAUCGUUCGCGCUAUUAAACAUGCCACAAUCUUGUAUUGUGAUUUAGAAAUCUUUGUCAUGUCAAUUGCAGUUUAAAUAAAGGUGAAAAAAAGCGCCGACAAAAUUUCACCGUCGCGUCGUGACAUAAAAUGGGGAAGAAAUCAAAAGAUCAAGAUGAACCGUUUUCAAUAGGGUCAAAGACAUUAAAAUAAAUAUAAUCGAACGAUGCCAACUGAUGAAAUAUAAUCGGCUAAUUGACGACGAAUAAUCUUCGCAUCACGACAUCACGAGUCGAGAGGAUUUUUCAUGUCAAAGCGAAGCGAAUAAGUUUUUGACGUACUUAAGUGGAUCGUUGUCGAUCUCAAAUUAUAUUCUUCAUGGCUGUCGUUUAUUUCACCACUUAAAUUAUCAAAAGUAUUAAAGGCGUAAUCUGAAGUGCUUUAAACUACCAUUUUCAGUGAAUGCAACAAACAGAAGACUCAAAGGAAUGAAAUUCAAUGAUAACAUCCUGGAAAACAGUUCGUGAGAACGAACAUUCGAGACAUUGACAUGACAGUGACGAAAUUGUUUGGGAAUUCGAAUUAUAAAGCAAAGAAAAUCUUCACACAAUAAAACAAGAUGCAA